AUGCUAACUCAAGAUAAGGCUAAUCUGCUUUCUUCUUCAGUUAAAUCAACCAGUGCAACUCCAGACCCCAAUAAAAGAAGGUUCAGAGAAAAGCUUGGUGCUUUACUCCCCCAAAAUAUUCGCAUGAAGCCUCAAAAAUUGCCAGCUCCGUUUAAAAACACAACUCUCCCUAUUCAAGAAGAAACCUCUAGAAAACUAUUCAUUUUGAAGUCUAUUAAAUCUGAACGAAACUUACAAUUCAUUAAUCCAGAAUCCACCUAUUCGUCAAAUAACGGGUCGUUGGAAAACUCAAAAGCACUGAUGGACGUGAGUUUGCCUAAACAUUUCAAGAUGCCAAAACUUGCUAGAUCAGCUAAUCACUCAGCCAAUCCUUCAGUUUCUAACUCUCUUCUGCUCCCACCUCCUGAGCCACAAGUAGAUCAGCUCACCCCACACUCUACAGCCAUGGUAUUUACAGCGUUUUCUUCCGCUGCAAAAACUUCUGAAGAUGAAGCGGUCAAGGCUGCCUACAAAAUCCAGGCAUUUUUUAGGUCAAAAAAAGAAACUAAAAAAUAUACGAUGAUAAAAGAACACAAAAAAGAGACUCAAAGGUAUAUUUUGCAUGGGAAAAAAAAUAUCAAUGGGGAGGAGUACUUUGUCUGUAUCAGCAGGCAUGGCUUUGAUUCUAAAAAACUGAGGACCAUGGUAGGGGCUGAUGCUGGGAAUUUAGAAAAGCUAAAUGUUAUAUUGGAAGCUUACCCAUUAAAAAGUGGAAUUCCUAAGCCAAAGUGGACGAUUUAUUCGACGGCUGAAUUAUGCUCAAUAUUGAGCUUAAAUUCUGUAGAGGACCUUUUGGCGAUUCCACAAAGUGAGGUAUUAAAUGUGAUUGAUAUAGCAAAAGACACAGUAUUUCUUAACAUAUGCAAAAACGAUAGAAGGGAAAGGAAAAGACUAAUUUAUAAAGGCAGAGGGAAGCUAAAAACUUGCAAUGCGUAUUUUAUUAAAAUAUAUGAGUUAGAUUAUAUUGCAAAGCAAGAAUAUUUGAUUAUUGCGUUCAACUCAACAGAGAAAUAUGAGCUUAAAGUCGAAGCAGCAAGAAUCAUUGAAGCAUUGAAAUUGAAUAUUGGGGAGCCAAUAUUGGAUCAUGCUCAAGAGAUAGCUAGGCUGGUUUUUAUUAAAGAUUCUAAGCUUGAAAUGAAUUAG